CUCUCCACCUGUCACAAAAACAUAUCGCCCAUCUGACUCAUCUUGUCCCCCCGUCCAUCCCUAUUACUAUCUCACAACAAUGAUGUCUUCCGGUUUCUCUUGGGGCAUGAAGUCCACGCAGCCAGCUGCCCUGGUUCCGGCCCAAGAUAGCUCGACAGCAAACUGGCACAAGGCCAUGUUGACCAAGUCGGCUCCCAGACCAAAGAGAAGAUAUGAUGAUGGCGAAUCUGAGCACGGCUCGUCCCGCACACACCUUCCGCUGGUUAGAAGGAUCUCGCAGUUCAAAAAAUCAAGAACCCCGUAUGUCAGAGGUCAACAGUUACCCAUUCACCGUUUGAUCGAAGUUAUGAGUAAGGAAGACUUGCAGAGCAUGGUUAUGCAAAUCAUCCACAAGCGGCCCGAGUUGGCGCAAGAAGUUGUGGAUAUCGCUCCUAAACCGUCCGUGACGAACUCGUUAACCAUCUUGUCCAACAAGUUGACCGGUAUCUUAAACAGCUUGCCAUAUAAGGUGGACCCAUCCUCCAACUAUGCAUUUUUGAGAAUCAAACCCUCUUUGGACGAUUUUUACGAGGCGUUGAGCGACUACACUCUCAGCUACUUACCGCCAGUUGAGGUUAACCACAUUGUCACAUUGGAAUUCCUUGAAGCCAUCACCUCCUUCUUGCAUAAAUUGCCAAACUGGAGUAACCCGGAAUUUAACUACAGCAAGCUCCUCGCCUACGAACAAAUCUCCAAUACAUGGCUCAUGAUUAUCCGCUCCUUUGUGGAAAAGGCCUCGACUAACUUGAUGUUCUUGCUCAAUGAAAACUACGAAGCAAAAAUCUCCAAGCACAGCGAGUUAUCCCAAGGGAAGUUUGACCCGGUGUUGGAAUACUUGAGAAGCGAGAUUAUCUCCUUCAACAAUGAAACCCGUAUUUCCCAAAACUUUUCUAUGAGCAACAGUCCAUUACAUGGCCUCUCUACGAACACUUAUGCAGAUCGUAUGAUCUGAGUACCCCCAGCCCAGCUAGUGACAGUCAGGGUAUUCUGCUCAAAUUUUGAUUCAUCGUUUCGCAUCUUUAUAAGGGACUCACCUUCCGUAAUUACACCCCUUGUUUUAAGGGACAUUGUGGUGUCUUGCAUCUCCUCCUCC